AUGAUGCUGAGCCCGGACCAGGCUGAGGCGGACCUCUCGUGGACACAAUCCGACCCCGAGUCGUUGCUCAAUGGCCUGAAGUCUGCGGGGUGCACGUCAGACGAGCCCAUGGAGGGUGACGAGAAGGCCAGAUGCAAACCUGACCCGCCGCUCAGCCGCGAAGAGAAGCGCAGGAGGCGGAGGGCCACAGCCAAGUACCGCUCGGCCCACGCCACGAGAGAGAGGAUCCGCGUGGAGGCGUUCAACGUGGCCUUUGCUGAACUUAGGAAAUUACUGCCCACCUUGCCCCCGGACAAGAAACUCUCCAAGAUUGAGAUCCUCAGACUGGCUAUAUGUUACAUCUCUUAUCUUAAUCACGUGCUGGAUGUUUAG